AUGGGUUCGCCAACCUGCUCCGCUGAUGCACUGGCAGCCAUGUUUGGUGCCAACACCACCAACGCUACUGGCGCUGCCGCUUUUAUCUGCGAUCAAUUUAACACCGUCUCCACAAAGUUCAGCGACACCACAUACGCCGUCGACUCCACAUACCUUCUUUUCUCUGCAUAUCUCGUCUUCUCCAUGCAGCUUGGUUUCGCCAUGCUCUGUGCAGGCUCUGUUCGUGCCAAAAACACCAUGAAUAUCAUGCUCACUAACGUUCUUGAUGCUGCCGCCGGUGGUCUAUUUUACUACCUAUUCGGAUUCGCUUUUGCCUUCGGUACCCCAUCCAAUGGGUUCAUCGGUAAACACAACUUUGCCCUUCAAAAUAUGCCUUCGUCUGACUUCGACUACAGCUAUUUCUUAUACCAGUGGGCUUUCGCCAUCGCCGCUGCCGGAAUCACAUCCGGAUCUAUCGCCGAGAGAACUCAAUUCGUCGCUUAUCUGAUUUACUCUGCUUUCCUGACCGGAUUCGUUUACCCCGUCGUAUCGCAUUGGUUCUGGUCCGUCGACGGAUGGGCAAGCGCCACGAACAUGGAUAACUUAUUUCUCGGAUCAGGUGUCAUCGAUUUCGCAGGAUCUGGUGUGGUUCAUAUGGUUGGUGGGAUCGCAGGCUUAUACGGUGCUUUAAUCGAAGGCCCAAGAAUCGGCCGAUUCGACCACAGCGGCCGAUCAGUGGCCUUACGCGGCCAUAGCGCCUCCUUGGUGGUGCUCGGUACUUUUCUUCUAUGGUUCGGAUGGUACGGAUUUAACCCAGGUUCGUUUGUCAAAAUCCUAAGCCCGUACGAAUCAGGUAGCUAUUACGGACAGUGGAGCGCCGUCGGUAGAACCGCCGUAACAACAACCCUAGCUGGUUGCACAGCCGCCCUAACCACUCUCUUCGGUAAGAGAAUACUCUCCGGACACUGGAAUGUAGUCGAUGUCUGCAACGGACUAUUGGGUGGCUUCGCAGCCAUAACCUCAGGGUGUUCGGUGGUUGAUCCAUGGGCUGCAGUCAUCUGCGGAUUCGUGGCCGCAUGUGUCUUAACAGGGUUCAACAAGCUAGCGGAGAAGAUGAAAUACGACGACCCAUUAGAGGCGGCUCAGCUUCACGGCGGUUGCGGAGCAUGGGGGAUCAUCUUCACUGGUUUAUUCGCGAAGGAGAAGUAUGUGAACGAGGUGUAUCCAGGGAAACCAGGUAGGCCAUAUGGGUUGUUCAUGGGUGGUGGUGGAAAACUUCUAGCAGCACAUGUGAUCCAGAUUUUAGUGAUUAUUGGGUUCGUAAGUGCCACAAUGGGUCCGUUGUUUUUGAUUCUUAAAAAGCUUGGGUUGCUAAGGAUCUCGGCGGAGGAUGAAACAGCAGGUAUGGAUAUGACCAGACAUGGUGGUUUUGCAUAUGUUUAUCAUGAUGAAGAUGAUCAGAAACUCGGCCUUCCGAUGAGGAAGAUAGAGCCUGCCGUUUCAUCUUAA